AUGUGGCAUGUCACUUGGGGGAGUUGCUGGCAUUUUAGUUGCAUCUGUGAUAGUAAAGUUAAUCCACAGUAUCUAAUAGCUUUAGUGCAGGUGCAACUAAUUGAGCCUGCUGUGAAGGGUGCUCUUAAUGUACUCAAGGCAUGUUCUGAAGCAAAUGUCAAACGAGUGGUGGUUGUAUCUUCUGGAGCUGCUGUUUCCUUGAACCCUGAAUGGCCCAAGGGUCAAGUGAAGGACGAGACUUGUUGGUCUGAUGCGGAAUACUGCAGAAGAACUAAUAAUUGGUAUUGUCUUUCCAAAACAAAAGCAGAAAGUGAGGCUUUUGAGUAUGCGAAAAGAAGUGGGCUUGAUGUUGUAAGAGUGUGUCCAACCCAUGUUUUGGGACCAAUGCUCCAGUCCACAGCAAAUGCUAGUAGUUUGGUUCUCAUUAAGCUUUCAAAAGAGGGAUAUGAUGAAUUCGAAAACAAUUUGAGGAUGAUAGUAGAUGUACGAGAUGUAGCUGAAGCACUGCUAUUGGCAUAUGAGAAGCCUGAAGCCGAAGGAAGGUAUAUGUACACAGCUUACAUGAUCAAGUCACAAGAUCUGGUGGAAAUACUCAGGAAAAACUACCCGAACUACAAUUAUCCUAAGAAAUUUACUGAGGGAAAGGAAGAAGAAAAGCUCAGUUUAGAGAAAUUGCAGAAGUUGGGUUGGAGUUACAGACCGAUAGAAGAAACUCUGGUUGAUUCCAUUGAAAUCUGUAGACUAGCCGGACUUCUGGACUAAAUGAUCUUGGCCUUCUGUUGUAGUAUUUACAAGUUGUAUCAUCAAGCAUUCUCAUAUCCAGAACCUCUUUGUUCUAUAGAUGUUGUAUUGGGUAUUGUUGUAAACGAUCCUUGUUCAUUUUGCAAUAGCGCUGCGACUCAUGACUCCAGUUAAUUUGAAA